UUCAAAACAUUUCCACGAGAUGGACCCUUUGGUACAAAACCGGAUUUUUCAGGAUUUAAUGUUGAUGAGUGGGAAAAGAGAACUAAUGCAUUACAUCGUAUACAUGCUGAGAGAGCACGUGCUGCAAAAAGCCCAGCAAAAUUAAAGGAAGUUAUACAUGAUACUGGUGCUAGAUAUACUGCAUUGUUGGAACUCCCAUAUUAUGAUGCCAUUCGCUUUGUASUUAUAGAUCCGAUGCAUAACUUAUUUCUUGGUAUUGCCAAAACAACAAUGAAARUAUGGAAAGAAACAGGUGCCCUAAAUGACAAAGAUCUAGAAAUCAUCCAAAAAAGAGUCAAUGCUGUGGAACCUCCUUCUGAAAUUGGAAGAAUACCAUCAAAAAUUGCAACAGGUUUUGGAGGUUUCACAGCAGAUCAAUGGAAGAACUGGGUGUGCUACUACUCCUUAUUUGCUUUGAAGGGCAUACUGCCCAAGAGAGACUAUAAUGUCUGGCUACAUUUUGUGAAUGCAUGUCGUGCAAUAUGUUGCCACACAUUGAAUAAAGCAGACUGUAUUAGAGCUAGAAAAGAAUUGAUUGAGUUCUGCAAAGCAUUCAAAUGUCUCUACGGUAAAGAUACCUGCACACCGAACAUGCAUCUAAGCUGUCACAUUGUUGAUUGUAUUGAAGAUUAUGGGCCAGUGUACUCUUUUUGGUGUUUCUCAUUUGAAAGGUACAAUGGUGUACUUGGUUCAUAUCAUAAAAGCAGCCAAAAUAUAGGUAUCCAAUUAAUGCGGAGAUUCCUGAAAGAUUUGCAGCUUAAACAGAUGGAGUGGCCUGACAAUUUUCAAGUGUUUGGUGAGCUCUUAGAAACAAAUGAUGUGGGUACAGUGGGUGACAUGUCCAAGUGUGACUUAGGUGAUGUAGUUUGUCUUCCACCAAUCAAAAGAAUCAGUCUGGAUAGAAUUGAUAUCAACUACCUCUUUGAGUUCUACGAGAAGAAAUAUGAAAAAGUUGAAAAAGUUCUCAGAAUUUCAGAAGAAUUUAAGGAAGCUCAAGUACAUGGAAGGGUCAUUAAAAGUUCCUCAAAUGUGGGAGUUUAUGUACGCUCAGCAAAUAAUUGCCUAAAACCUGUCAAAGUAGUCAGAUUUUUGAACAAUGAGUGUAUUAUUUUGAAAGACAGGAAAAAAAAGAAAGUGAACAAUGCUAUGGUUGAAGUUGAAUAUUUCAAAGAACAUCCUCAAAAGAAUUGGUAUGCUGAGCCUCUAGAGGUUUGGUCAACUGAUGUUGAAUGCCGCCAAUUUGUUUCAAUGUCUAGUAUUUCUGGUCAGUUUAUGCGGGUGAUAUAUAGAGUUAAAUUUCCAUAUGGCAUUGAAACUGUUCAAGUAGUGAUCCCCCUCAUAGGACGGUUUUGUUAGUAAUGAAGAGAAGUUUUGAAUUAAAUUUUCUUAUUAUUAUUCCUUUCCAAACAUUAUUUAAUAAUGUUCAUCUGAGAGUUUAGUUAGUUAUCAAGGUACAGGUUUUGUUAUAUUUGUUAUAUCUUAAAUGCAAAUGUGGAUAUGCAUAAAUGUAAACAAUUUUAUUCAUUUUUGUAUGUGAUAGUGUUCUUGUAAUAGUUGUUGCAAUCAAAUGAUCUCAUUGUGAAGGACAUACAUGUACAUUAAAUUAUUCCCAGAGUAAACUGGUUUUUAUCAGAAUGUAAAACACAUUGACAAUAGUCUGAUUAUGAAAUAUGUGAUGGACAGAAUUUUUAAGGGGACUACUCCUAUGAAAAUUACAAAACUCUCAAAAUUCAAGCAAACCUAGUCUCCUUGGCAGCCUUCCCUUUUGUAGGGCUUCCUUCUGACAAAAGGGGAGGCUGUGAAGAAGGCUAGCAAAUCUUGACUAUCAAUGUGUUUUAAUUCAUUAUUUAAUACAGUGGGAAGCURGGCCACUGAGAUUCUGAUAAAUGUUGCCAAGUAUUUAAGCAUAGGUACAUUUUUCAUAACAAAUCCAAAUAAUGGCUACAUUUUACUUUGCAUGCAAAUAUACUUGUUCUUCCAAGCAAAUUAAUGCUUAAAUUAUAUAUCCAGAGUUAUCAAGUGUUCUUAAAUGUGCAAAAGGGAAAAAAGGGACAAUAAAAAGCUGKCAUGAAAAAUCCAACACUGUGCUUUGCCUACAAAAAAACUUUGCAAGGCAUUUAGUUUGUUUUUAUACUAUUACCUGAAUGAUAAAAUCUUCCGAAGCUUCGA